AUGGUUCUAUGGUCUCUGUGGAAGAAUAGGAAUGGCAAGCUUUGGAAUGAUACUUGUCAACCUGCACAUGUGUUGAUGUUAAGUUCAUUGGCCUGGCUUGAUGAAUUCUGCAAAGCUAGGCAAAUGGAAAAGAAGCCAACAGUUAGGGCUAAAACCUCCUGGACACUUGCACCUGAUGGCCAAUGGAAGCUCAAUGUGGAUGGAAGCUUCUUACCAAGCCUCACUCAUGGUGGAACUGGAGGUGUUCUUAGAUAUGGUACAUGUGAUUUUAAAGCAACCUUUGCCAACCAUGUUACUUUAGUAGCCUCGACAAAGCAUACGGAACUGAUUGCCAUCCGAGAUGGCUUGAAGCUACUGCAAGACUUGCAAGCUGAAAAUGUUAUUGUGGAGUUGGAUUGCCUUGAAGUGGCGGCUGACAUUGUUGAUCUGCAGGCCCUUCAUAUUGCCGAAACUGGUAUCAUUGAUGAUAUUCGAGGCAGUUUAGAGAUCUUGCACAAUGUUCGAAUCAAUCAUGUAUCUAGGUCCGGUAACAUGGUGGCACAUCGACUUGCAGCUGCCAUAGCAUAUGAAGCUGAUAUAUCAUAG